UUCGUCGGUUUCCAUCUGAAGUGGAUAAAAGAUAACAUUCAGUCCCAUAGACUUUACUGCUUUUAUUUACUGCUUACAAAAUGCAGAAGUUUAGCUUAUUAGCAUUAUUGACGCUAACUGGUAGCUUAUGUGCUAUUAAUGUACCUGUUCAGAGGAUAGUGGGUGGCACAAUAACUACUAUAAACUCAUACCCGUUUGUGACGUCACUACUGCGUUCAUCGGAUUAUGUCAAUUAUAUUCAAACAUGUGCAGGUUCAAUACUAACACAGAAAGCUAUACUUUCUGCUGCCCAUUGCUUUGCCGGUGAACAGCCUGGCAGGUGGCGUAUACGCGUAGGCUCCUCUUACGCCAACAGCAGGGGUACUGUCUACAACAUCAACCAAAUAAUUAUCCACCCCAGAUACAACGCUCGGAACUAUGACAGUGACGUGGCCAUUAUAAAGUCUUCCGGCAACAUAGUCCUCGGUGGAUCAGUCAGCACUGGAUCGAUCGCUGGUGCUAAUUAUAAGUUGGCAGAUAAUCAAGCAGUUUGGGCGGUUGGGUGGGGAGCUACUUAUUACGGUGGCCCAAAGUCGGAACAGCUGCGACGCGUCCAAAUAUGGUCCAUAAACCAAAACGUUUGCAGGAGUCGUUACGCUGAGUUAGGGCGUACAGUCACCAACAACAUGAUUUGCUCCGGAUGGAUCGACGUGGGUGGUCGCGACCAGUGCCAGGAUGAUGCUGGGGGUCCCCUUCUUCACAAUAACGUCAUCGUUGGAAUAGCUUCGUGGGGUCACCAGUGUGGGCUCGCUCGAUAUCCUGGAAUCAACACUCGCGUUUCGAAUUUUACUAGCUGGAUUUCAAGCAAUGCUUAAAUGCCUUGCCUUUUUCUUAAAUCUUUAGAUCUGUACAAAUCUAUUAUAAUGACUUUGGCAUCGACUCUCGCGACGACUACGAAUGUACCUUCUGAAUGUUGACUCAACUUUGAAGAAUAAUAAAUAAUGUUAUACCUA